UUCCACUAUAGAAGACGCACACGAUUACAACCAGAUCACAUUAUAUCAGCAUUUACAAUUCAUAUGUGAUGAACCAACACUAGCACAGCAGAUGGUGACUGGACACGUGUGUUUGUUGGCAUUUCAUUCAGAGUUUAUUAGAAGUGACUCACACUGUGGACCUCGAAAGAGAGACUUCAUAUCAGCGUGCCAGUCAAAGCUGCAUCUGGCUGCGCUGGCGUCUCUGAAGGGAGACAUGCUGGAACUGAACCAGCGACUGCUGCAGACCGAGAGAGAGAGAGACACACUGGAGAAGAGACUGGCCAAAGCACAGUGUGAGCAGUCUCAUCAGCUGCAGGAGCAUGAGGAGGUGCAGGAUAGAACAACGUUGCGUUAUGAGGAGCGAAUCACAGAGCUGCACAGCAUCAUUGCUGAACUCAACAAGAAGAUAGACCUGCUGCAGGGCACCACAAUCAGGGAGGAGGAUGAGUUUUCAGAGUUGCGCUCUGAUCUCAGUCACAGUCAACAGGAAGUUAACGAGGACGAGCGGAGUGUUGAUCAGGACCCCGACCAGGCAUCUGUGUCACCGCCUGAAAACCAGUCCACACUGGUCACUGCAGACAUGGAUAACUGCAGUGACCUGAACUCAGAGCUGCAGCGGGUUCUUAUGGGGUUGGAGAGCGUCGUGUGCGGCCGUAAGAAGAGCACGUGUAGCCUGUCUGUGGCUGAGGUGGACAGACACAUCGAGCAGCUGACCACCACCAGCGAACACUGUGAUCUGGCCAUCAAGACAGUUGAGGAAAUCGAGGGCGCUCUGGGUCGUGAUUUUUACCCCAGUCUAUGUGAGGAACGCGUGUGCUGGGAGAAGGAGCUCGCUGGACUUCGGGAGGAGAACGAGAGUUUGACGGCGAUGUUGUGCAGUAAAGAGGAAGAUCUGAACCGCACCAAAGCCACCAUGAUCGCCAUCAGAGAGGAGAGAGACCGUCUGCGCAGACGCGUGCGUGAGCUGCAGACGCGUCUUCAGAGUAUUCAGCCCGGUGGUCCAUCCAGUCCUGGCCGUCUGACUCCAGCGGGUCGACCCAUCAACCCCAGCACAGGAGAACUCAGUACCAGCAGCAGCAGCAACGACAUCCCUGUCGCCAAGGUGGCCGAGCGAGUGAAGCUGUCAAAGACACGAUCAGAAUCGUUAUCAACGGAGAGAUCCAUCCUGGGCUCUGAAAUCAGCAGCAUCGGGGUAUCCAGUAAUGUGGCGGAACAUUUGGCUCAUUCUCUGCAGGACUGCUCCAAUAUUCAGGAGAUCUUUCAGACGCUGUACUCACACGGCUCGGCGAUCUCUGAGAGCAAGAUCAGAGAGUUUGAGGUGGAGACUGAGCGACUCAACAGUCGUAUCGAGCACCUGAAGUCUCAGAAUGAUUUGUUGACGAUCACACUGGAGGAGUGUAAGAGUAACGCAGAGAGAAUGAGUAUGUUAGUAGGAAAAUACGAGUCCAACGCCACAGCGCUCAGACUGGCCCUGCAGUACAGUGAACAGUGUAUCGAGGCGUACGAGCUGCUGUUGGCGCUGGCGGAGAGUGAACAGGGUUUGGUUUUGGGGCAGUUCAGAGCCGCUGGAGUCAGUGCUCUGGGAGAGCAUGCCGGUGAGGAGAGCAUCACUCAGAUCCUGAAGAAAGCUCAUGACAGCAGGAAGACGGCGGAGAGCGGCGCUAAAGACUUACUGACGCGACUCGACGGCAACUGCGGCGCUGCGUUUGCAGUUACUGGAUGCAGCGUGCAACCCUGGGAGAGCCUAUCGUCCAAUAGUCACACCAGCACCACCAGCUCUACAGCGAGCAGUUGCGACACAGAUUUCUCUAAAGAAGACGAGCAGCGUUUGAAGGAUUAUAUCCAGCAGUUGAAGAACGACCGUGCGGCUGUUAAACUGACGAUGCUGGAGUUAGAGAGCGUUCACGUCGACCCACUCAGCUACGACGUGAAGCCGCGCUGCGACUCGCAGAGACUCGACCUGGAGAACGCCGUGCUCAUGCAGGAGCUCAUGGCAAUGAAGGAGGAGAUGGCGGAGUUGAAGGCUCAAUUGUAUCUCUUGGAGAAGGAGAAGAAAGCUCUUGAGCUGAAGUUGAGCACACGUGAGGCUCAGGAACAAGUGUAUCUUGUUCAUAUCGAGCACCUGAAGUCUGAGUUGGAGGAACAUCAGGAACAGAGACGAAGAUCCUUCAACUCCACCGGCAGCAGCGCCGGAGCCAAAGACAAGAGCGGCAAGGACUGCAGUGACUCUCCAGCGAUCAGUCUGUCUGAUCUGAGGAGUCUGAGCGACAGCGACCUCGCGGCUGAACUCACCAGCGCCCUCAGGAGAGAGAAGAAGUUGAAAGGUCGUGUUCAGGAACUGGUUGCUGCUUUGGAAAGACUCACUAAGAGCAGUGAGGUCAGACAUCAGCAGUCGGCAGAGUUCGUCAAUGACCUCAAACGAGCAAACAGUAAUCUGGUGGCGGCGUACGAGAAAGCGAAGAAAAAGCAUCAGAACAAACUGAAGAAGCUGGAGUCUCAGAUGAUGGCGAUGGUGGAGCGACACGAGACGCAGGUGCGAAUGCUCAAACAACGCAUCGCUUUACUGGAGGAGGAAACGUCACGACCGCACACCAAUGAGACAUCACUAUGACACACACACCUGAGCUCUGGGCUUUAAACACAAACACAUUUCGUUAGUAAGAGCCUUUACUCUUCACUGCAGGACUGCAGCAUUCAGGGGCGUAGAUUCCGGGGUGGAUGGGGGGGAGGUAACCCCCUCAGUUAUCAAAACAUGCCAUUACAACCCCCCAAUAUUUAUACCAUGAUCAAUGGAAACAUAUAAAUGCUUUACGCUGCAACCCCCCCAAUGUUAAAGCCAAAUCUACACCCUUGGCAGCAUUCAUCACUUACAAAAUACUUCAGCUGACUACACGCCUCACUCAAAGACGAUUGGCUGAGAUUGGAGAGCUCAGCCAGUGAGAGGCCUCCAAAACGUCAGUAAUAGCCAAUAGCGGCAGUUUUUGAGGGCACAUACACGUGACUGAGGCAUGAUGGACUUAGUCAGAAUGACGUGACAGCUGUCAAUCAUGCAUCAGAGUAAGAAAUCCUGAUGAAGCGUUUAUAGAGACUGUUUUUGGACACCCCACAAAAAAAAAAAAAAAAAAAAAAAUACUGCAAAGACUUUAUGAAACUUUUUUCAGUCUGUUGAGUGUAAUAUUUGUUACUGUAUUACAGUAUUUCACUGCAAAUUCUUCCAAACGUUCUCUGAGCAAUCUUGUGAAAUCCAGACGUUACUGAUACAACCAAAUCUUCCCGAUUCAAGUGGAAUAGUCAGUUAACAGUAAAAAUUCUGUCAUCAUUUACUCACCCUCAUGUUGUUCCAAACCUGUUUGACUUUCUACUCUGGAACGCAAAAGAAGAUUUUAUGUCGCUGUGUUCACGCCGCUGUUUUUACAUAGAAGAACAAUUGAACUCCACAUGAAAAGCGCUUGCAGAGAACGUCUUGUUUGUCUUUUAGCGCUGGCACUGCGCACGUAAUGAUACAUCACCUGGAUCGUCUGGAACGUGACACCGAGGAAAUGCUGAUGCUUCACUCCUGUGGGUUGUUUAAAUGUGGCCAUCUUAUGUCCCAUUUGUGUUUGUACAAAAAUUUGCAGUUAAGAUGCCCUUUCUCUAUCACUUGAUCACUGACACAGAAACAAGUAUCUCCAUUGGCCUUGAGGAGUGUCCAUCAAAACCGCGUAUGUCCCGCCCUUAUGUUUUGAAGAGUGUCAGCUAAUUUACCUCAGCUGUCCGGCUAAAGUGUAGCAAAGAGAUUUGCUACAUCGUGCUGGUUCUGUGAUUUCCCUGACAACCAAAGCCAUUCAUGCACGCACUGUCAGGUGGCUUUAAAAAGUAGCCUAUACCGUCCAUAUUCGCGAAAACAUGUGUGAAAGUUAAUUCUGACUGGCAAUUUAUGCGUUGGAACCAGAAAAUGCGCCUCAUUGAGAGUGAGAACCACUAAUCACGACCACAAGGAGGUUACCCCAUGUGACUCUAACCUCCCUAGCAACCGGGCCAAUUUGGUUGCUAAGGAGACCUGGCUGGAGUCACUCAGCACGCCCUGGAUUCGAACUCGUGACUCCAGGGGUGAUAGUCAGCGUCUUUACUUGCUGAGCAACCCAGGCCCCCCAAUAGUCAGAAUAUUUACAUUUAUUUGAGAAACCGACUGAAACUAGCCUGAAAGCCAUUGGUUUGUCAGGUCCCGUCUGGCUCGGUUCAGGUAGUAGAUCUCUACUCAUGCAUUAUGUUCAAAGUCUUCUGAGGUCAUAUGAUAGCUUUGUGUGAAGAACACACCAACUUUUAGGUUGUCGCCGACUAAACGUCUAAAAUCUCAAAUUUAAUUUGCAAAUAUUCAAAAUUGAUGUUUGAAGACGCAUUGCACCGGGUCUGAUGUCACUGAAAAAUGUCAGAUUUUCCACAUAAGAAUGUCAAUCAUACAGGUUCAGAAUGACACGAGGAUGAUUAAUUGAGUACAGAAUUUUCAUUUUAGGUGAACUAUUAUUUGAAGACAGUGGCCGUUUUCAUCAAUAACGACUCUUGGCAAUAUCAACCAAUACCUCGCUGUGAAGAUAUAUCGAUUUCCUUUGAUGGAAAGAAAAUUCAUAUAAGAGUCAAAUGUUUCCGGGUUUCCCUCAACUCACAUCAGUUUUAUCACGGAAAUGUGUCAGGUUUGUGAGGAAUAAUGCCACACGCUCAUGUAUGCAAACAAACAUGUAAACAUGUAUGCUAAUUUCACAGCACACGUGAUUCUUAGUGUCACAGCACAUGAACUCCACAUACAUGAAGUUCUGUCUUCAGAGUUAUUCAUAACCUCAAAGAAUGAAAUAACCAGACAAAUGUGAUGAAUUCCAGUUAAAGCACAGCAGCAUAGACUUGAAUCUCGUGUAAACAUGUCCAUAUCACACCUCAAAAUGAAAAGAGUACAAAUGAUUUUUUUGCAUAAAGAAAAUGAAGACUUUGUAGGACUAUUAAAGGUGCACUCAGUAUUUUCUGUUUAAUAUGUGUACAAUGAUGCUUCACAUUCAUCUGUUUUUGUUUCCUAACAUCAUUGUUACCCAAACUGUGCUAAAGGAGAACCUUUUCAAAAUUCCCCGUUAUUGUGUGAAUCUGUAUCUACGUCUACAUCCUGUCAAUGCAACAUAAACACAAAUAAUACUGUGUACCGAUUUUUUUGCAUUGUGACAUUAUAUUGUCAUUUAAGCACAUGUAAUACAGAGAAUUAUCUUGUCUCGACACAUUUCUUUGAAAACCAUACAGAUAUUGGAUAUAUAUUGUUAUAUGUGCAAAACACGCAUGAAAUAAGUUCAUAUGUGGUUUUCACUCAUAAAAAAUAGAAAAUAAAAAAGAAAAUACUUAAUCAAAAAUGCUCAUUUUCAUAGUGGAAUUUGAACUUUAUUUUAUAAAUAUGUCCGUUUUCUGUAUGGGAAUAGCACACUUGUGCGCUUAAUUCUAAUGCGUAUGUCACACUGCAAAAAUGCUUUAAUGCUCCAAACAUUGGUAUUAAAGUAAAUUAUGUUAUUCUUUCGAUUUUUAAAAUAUAAUUUUUUAAUAAAUGCACUUUUAAUUUUAGAACAAAAUUCCAUAAAAUUGAAUUGAGUCAUGUUUAACCAAAUUAAAUUAAUUAUCUAUCUUUAUUCAAAAUUACUCCAUUCGAUUGUUAAAUUUGAUGGAAUUUUAUGAAAUUGUAAAUUAUUUUUUGAGUGUGUUUAUUUACAUGAAUCACAACAAAUCUGUGAAUACAAUGGAAUAGAUAUAUUCCUGUAUAUAUAUAUAUAUAUAUAUAUACAGUUGAAGUCAGUUUACAUAUACUUAGGUUGAAGUCAUUAAAACUCAUUUUUUAACCACUCCACAGAUUUAAUAUUAGCAAACUAUAGUUUUGGCAAGUCGUUUAGGACAUCUACUUUGUGCAUGACACGAGUAAUUUUUUAACAAUUGUUUACAGACAGAUUGUUUCACUUUUAAUUGACUAUAUCACAAUUCCAGUGGGUCAGAAGUUUACAUACACUAAGUUAACUGUGCCUUUAAGCAGCUUGGAAAAUUCCAGAAAAUGAUGUCAAGCCUUUAGACAAUUAGCCAAUUAGCUUCUGAUAGGAGGUGUACUGAAUUGGAGGUGUUCCUGUGGAUGUAUUUUAAGGUCUACCUUCAAACUCAGUGCCUCUUUGCUUGACAUCAUGGGAAAAUCAAAAGAAAUCAGCCGAGACCUCAGAAAAAAAACUGUGGACCUCUACAAGUCUGGUUCAUCCUUAGAAGCAAUUUUCAAAUGCCUGAAGGUACCACGUUCAUCUGUGCAAACAAUAGUACGCAAGUAUAAACACCAUGGGACCAUGCAGCCAUCAUACCGCUCAGGAAGGAGACGCAUUCUGUCUCUUAGAGAUGAACAUAGUUUGGUGCGAAAAGUGCAAAUCAAUCCCAGAACAACAGCAAUUUACCUUGUGAAGAUACUGGAGGAAACAGGUAGACAAGUAUCUAUAUCCACAGUAAAACGAGUCCUAUAUCAACAUUAACCUGAACGGCUGCUCAGCAAGGAAGAAGCCACUGCUCCAAAACUGCCAUAAAACAGCCAGACUACAGUUUACAAGUGCACAUGGGGACAAAGAUUUGGAGAAAUGUCCUCUGGUCUGAUGAAACAAACAUUGAACUGUUUGGCCAUAAUGACCAUCGAUAUGUUUGGAGGUAAAAGGGUGAGGCUUGCAAGCUGAAGAACACCAUCCCAACCGUGAAGCAUGGGGGUGGCAGCAUCAUGUUGUGUGGGUGCUUUGCUGCAGGAGGGACUGGUGCACUUCACAAAAUAGAUGGCAUCAUGAGGAAGGAAAAUUAUGUGGAUAUAUUGAAGCAACAUCUCAAGACAUCAGCCAGGAAGUUAAAGCUCGGUCGCAAAUGGGUCUUCCAAAUGGACAAUGACCCCAAGCAUACCUCCAAAGUUGUGGCAAAAUGGCUUAAGGACAACAAAGUCAAGGUAUUGGAGUGGCCAUCACAAAGCCCUGACCUCAAUCUGAUAGAACAUUUGUGGGCAGAACUGAAAAAGUAUGUGCGAGCAAGGAGGUCUACAAACCUGACUCAGUUACACCAGUUCUGUCUGGAGGAAUGGGACAAAAUUCCAGCAACUUAUUGUGAGAAGCUUGUGGAAAGAUACCCAAAACGUUUGACCCAAGUUUAAAUGUAUUUGGCUAAGGUGUAUGUAUGUAUAUAUAUAUAUAUAUAUAUAUAUAUAUAUAUAUAAAGAAUACAUGGUCAGUGAUACCGAAUUACAUGUAGGAAAGGGCAUGUAUUCAUGUUCAGUGUUGAUUGUGUACGUUACUGCUGUAUUCAGAAGGAACAAUCCCCAGUUUAGCAAUCUUAAAGGUGCAGUCAGUUAUUUUUUGUCGUCUUGUGCUUACACUGCCACCUACCAUUGUAGAUAUUCACUAUUCACAGUCAGCCAUGAUCAGUCCUUGAGUGAAAGUGUCCAAUAACAGGGCGAUUAAGCGAGUAGUGUUCAGCUGGUCAUGUGAUUCUAACAUGGCAGCCUCCAUGAGGAGACCCUCUUCGUGUAGAAUAAAACAGGUUUUAUAAGGUUACUGAUGUGAAUGGAGUCUUCAUUACAUGAUUUUUGACAUGUUACAAAAUUACAAUUCAUUUCUUGAGUACAUCUUUUUAAAAUAGGAAAAAAAUUACUGAGUGCACCUUUAAGAGACACUUUCUCGAAAACCAAACAUUAUGCAUUUAAGAGUUUAAAAUGUUAAAGUGGUUAUAAUCUUUCAAAGGAUGGAAAUUCCCUCAAAGUCAAGCAUCAGAAUUAACUCUGGUGAUAAAACAAAGCAAGUGAUUUUCAUGUAGCUGUUGUGUUUGUUUGCAUGCAGCUAUUACCAGAGGAAUGUAACAUCAAUAUCGGCAAGUCACAUUUCAAUUAAUGCAAAAAAAAAAAAAAAAAAGUCUUUUUUAACUAGUUUGAAUUUUAUCAUCAGCCAUACACUCUUAUAUUAAUAAUAAAACAGCAGCUUCCUCCUGGAUUACAAAACAAAGCACUUUCCACCACAUUGCCUUCUUAACGACUUUUAUUUUUCCUGCAAAAUAUCGAAUUUCAGUUUCAGACUGUUUUAAGUAGCAAUCUGACCACAGAAACAGGCAGAUUAAUGUGAACAAGCAUUUAAUACAGUAUUCAUAAAGCAGUUUUACUGAUAUGCGUCUGUGAGUUCUUGCGAGACAGCUGAAUGUUAAGAGUCUCUUUAUGCAAGAACGACUGAUUUACAUUCGGAUGGUUUUCAGAUCAUUUACUGUGUGUAUUAGUGAAUCAAAUAAAUAGAAGGAUGUAGUUUCUUCACCCUCACAGACUGGGAAUGGUUUAAAAACAAAGACAAGAUACUUUGCGCUUUCUUUUAUGAAAAUGAUAUAUCCAUUAAGCUGGAGGAACGAUUUAGGGGUUUGUGAAAUGUACUUAAUUUGCACAGAUGUUUUUUUGUUGUUGUUUUUUUUUUCACUAAUACAGAAUGUAAUUGUUUAUAUAAUAAACAAAACAUGUUUGUGGCCUAUUCAUUGCAAAUUGGCAUCCAAUGCAAUAUCAAAGCCAGCAUGAAACAUCUGCAACCCAUUUUACUUCCAUAAUGUGAUGCAUUUCUGAGUGAAUUCAACUCAAAACAAAAUGUAGAGUAGAAUUUUCUGCAUGGUUAUGAAAAUUGUACAUUUAACGAAACAAGACAAAAAUGUAUUUUCCUUUGGAAGAGCAUCCACAAUAACAUUUACAUUUAUGCAUUUGGCUGAUGCAUUUAUCCAAAGUGACCUUAUUACAGGGACAAUCCCCCUGGAGCAGCCUGGAGUUAAGUGCCUUGCUCAAGGACAUAGUGGUGGUGGCUGUGGGGAUCGAACCAGCAACCUUCUGAUUACCAGUUCAGUGCUUUAGUCCACUACGCCACCACCACUCCAAUAAGACCAGGAAUGAGUUUUAGCUUUCCAAGACCCCGCGUCCACAUGCGUGGACAUUACGUUUUUGCUUCGCUAUAGGCUAUGGAUAAUCUAAUUUAAUUUAAGCGAACUGAUCUCAGUUCAGGACACUUUAGGCUGUCAUUAAAGGGUUUAACUUUCGACGCACGGAGUCAUGUGACAAAACAACAUGGCGCCAAUCUCAGUUGAGUUUGUCUUUGGGAGAAACUGCAACAAAAUUACAUCAUUACGUUUUUACAUUAAAAGCUGUUUGUAUCAGAGUCUCUAGUUUCAUCUGAUAUGCUAUUUAAAAAAUGUCAGCAAUUUUUUUAUUUUAUUUUGCGAAACGACACUGUUAAACACAAUAACCACAGGCUAUUUUCCCUUAAAACAUCCUAUAAUCACUGUGCAUUUUCACAUUGAGAAUCAGUGGAUGCAUCCAAAGCUGAUAAAUGUGUCUUUCAGAGGCUUUAUAUGGAGUUAGAUUGAAAAUAAGAUGCAUUUUAAACUGUUCUGAGACCAGUGCAGACAGACAGCACACUGGAGGUUAAGUCAUUCACUAAAUAGGGAGCAAGGGAGCAUCCUAUAGCUCUCUAUGCAGUUAAGUGCAUUCACUCCUAAAAUCUGAUCAAAAGUUCAGUUUCAGGCUGCAGAUGAUGUUUGGAUCACUCAACAUGUUUGACAGACAUGUGACAAUGAUAAUCAGUACAUAGAUUCAGAGUUUACAAGGUAUCAUUUUAUUUUAACAUGGUUGACAGUGAUUGGAUGAUGCUGGACAUUAAUUUUAAUCAGAAUUAUUCAAUGUCUGUAACACCUCAAACACAACACAAUUAACAAAGAAACAAUAUGAUGAAAAAAAUCUGACUUUUUAUAGCUUGGUAUUAUAUAAAAUUACACAAUUUACUCCAACUGUCCAAAUAUGUGGACAUCGAUUUUUAGAAAACAAUUUGGUCUAAUAUAUAUGUAUAUGGCCUGGGUAGCUCAGUGAGUAAAGACGCUGACUACCACCCCUGGAGUCGCAAGUUUGAAUCCAGGGUGUGCUGAGUGACUCCAGCCAGGUCUCCUAAGCAACCAAAUUGGCCCGGUUGCUAGGGAGGGUAGAGUCACAUGGGGUAACCUCCUCGUGGUCGCUAUAAUGUGGUUCUCACUCUCGGUGGGGCGCGUGGUGAGUUGUGCGUGGAUGCCGCGGAGAAUAGCGUGAAGCCUCCACACACGCUAUGUCUCCACGGUAACGCGCUCAACAAGCCACGUGAUAAGAUGCACGGACUGACGGUCUCAGACACGGAGGCAACUGAGAUUUGUCCUCCACCACCCAGACUGAGGUGAGUCACUACGCCACCACGAGGACUUAAAGCGCAUUGGGAAUUGGGCAUUCCAAAUUAGGAGAAAAAAAACAAAAAGUAUAUGUAAGAAUUUUCAAAGCUCUGUGAUUUCAUUUUAUUUUAUAGUGGGCAUGAAUGGAAUGGAAUGGUGAUUAGGAGAGAUUAACCUCAAAAGUCUGUUAUAUCAUUUUUGAUGCAUGUAAUUUCAACAUGCUUUUUUCAAUAAAAUAAUAUACAAAAUUUUAACCAAGCAUAUGUUGCUUAUAUUCAGCAAAUACUCAUUUUAAAAUAUCAGUAGCAAUAUAAUUAGUCACUUUUACUGAUCCCAACAUAAGAGUCACUUUUCAAGCAAGUCCGACACCAUUUUAAAUAGAUCGUUAUAAACAUUGAAACCACUUUUUUCACAAAUAUCCAUUAAAUGGUGCUUGACAGCUGGAACAGAGAGUGAAACAGGAGCCAUCAAACGUUGUGUAUCGUAUUUGAUACAUACGGCAUUAUAGGGUUAAAAUACUUUCUUCUAUUCCAGCGUAAUAUGCAGAGACAACUGUAAGUAAGCCAUUCAUAGGUUAAUUUUCUCAAAAACUGUAAACACUGUGUCUCUCUGGCACUAUGGAAAUUGCUCUGUUUGUUUAGAGAGCGGCCUGCCCAGCAAACAGGGGAUGUCCCCUGGACGUUCGCCAAUGUGCGCUUAGGUCGGCAUUUGGUCAUUUUCGUGAUGUUCGCUGCAGGACGUUCUCAGGACAUUUUGGACAUUUGCAACAGGUGCCAUUUUCGUCCAGACAAAACGUUCUGAAAAUGACGUUCAGGGGACGUCAGCGAACGUCCCCUUUUCGUCCCUAAUAUAACAUUCAUCUUUGGUCCCACAUUCAGUGAUCUUACAUGAUUGCUUUUAAUUCAGUUUACAGAUGGGUUACUUUACCUCCAAGCAUGUGCAAAACGCAUCCAUCCGUAUCCAUGUGUUGUCUUCUCUUAUCAAACCUGCCUUGUUAAUUUUUCAGCAACCUUUACAGAUUACAGACACAAAACUUUGUUUUAGGUUCAAAUUGAGUCUCAGCGGUAAACGAGGAGCUCAAAUCAGCUGGCAACCGGACACAUAGGGCAUUUUCCAAACUGUAUUUUUGCACCAUAGAAGGGCACUGCGGAAAGUGGACACUACUCAUAGGGUCAUUCCCUACUAAAGUAAGAAUAUUACUUCAUACGAAUUCAGAGCCCUACCACAAGACUGUUAGCGAAGGGUACAGUCACAUGCUCCCUUCAAAGUGCCCACAUCAAGAGCUCUGUCCUUUGGAGUGAGUAUAGGGCAUAGGGAUGAUCACUUUUGAUUGGAAUUCGCCCAAAAACAUAUACUCUGCUAGACAGACACACCUGCGCGAGCACCUUUAAAAAUCUGAGUUCUGAGCUCGUGCGGCUUUUGAAUCGCUGAGGCCAACUAUCAGUCGACACGUCUCUGGAAAAGGGUAAGCGUAAAUAUAUUUUUAUACAUAAUUUUACACAGUGGGUUGCACAUAUAUCAUUGAGUUUCACUUUAGAGUUGAAAUGUUUGAUCCUUCAGUGUUUUAAAAACUUUCCUCCAUCAUUAUUAAAUGUUUUUGCACAGCCAGUCUUCCGUGAGGCAGCAGGUAACCGAGGUAAAUUGAGAUAAUUCACCAUGUUAGACUAAUUUCAGUUAUUGGAGAUGUGCAACUUCAACAUGAUUAGUUUCAAACGUAUCAUUUUCAUGUUUUCUAAACUUUUAACUUUAGUUCAUUUAUCUGACUUCCACUCACAACUGUCCUAUGACACGUGUGCAAGCUUGCAUAGUGAGUCAAUAACACACAAGGUGAAUAGAUGUUAAAACGAUAAGGUUACGACUGUAACCAUGGUUCCCUGAAAUGAGAGAAUGAAUGCUGCGUCAUAGCUGAUGCUAUGGGUUAUCCCUGCAGACGUAGCCAAUCUCUAAAACUCUUUAAAAUCUCGCCAAUUGUAAUUGGCAGAUAUCGCUUUGUGCUCCACCUCUCUCGCACGUGUCGCGGGCGUAUAUAGAGGCGGUGCAUGGCGCCAUCUCUUCAGAAUAUUCGACUGAAGGGUGCAAGCGAUACUUGACCCUUGUAGAGAAGAUUCAGUAGCGCGGCCAGCCUAUGCAGCAUUUAUUCCCUCAUUUCAGGGAACCAUGGUUACAGUAGAAACCUUAUCGUUCUCAAUCAAUUGUCACGAAUGCUGCGUCAUAGAUGACACUAUGGGGAAUGCAUACCAUCAUGUUGUGCUACCGAGUCACACGUGUAACGAUGCCUACUAGCCAAUGGUGUAACAAAAAACACCAACAGAGUCUCCUCUUCGAAUCGUUAUAAGAAGGGAGAAGUAGAAUGAUGAAUGGAUGGAUAUACAUGGCGAUGACGCUAACCGGAUCGGAUUGCACAGUCAUUGCAAGAUUAAUUAUAUCACUACCAUGUGUAAAUAAGUAUAAAUUAGGGACUAGCCAAAUGGGUGGUGAAAACUUAUAUAAAGUGACCGCUAACUGUGGUUUAUGGGAUGACCAUGUAUAAAUAAGCUGGUAGUAAGCAGCAGAAUACACUAUUUUUUAUUUUAUUUUUUUCCUCUCCAAUUUGGAAUGCCCAAUUCCCAAUACGCUCUAUGUCCUCGUGGUGGCAUUGUGACUCGCCUCAAUCCGAAUGGUGGAGGACAAGUCUCAGUUGCCUCCGCGUCUGAGACCGUCAGUCCGUGCAU